CUAAAGGUUAAUAUUAUGUCCAGGUAUUAUGUCCAUCUUUUUCUGCCUAAAGUGUAUCUGCUGAUAAAUGAGUAAAGUCAUUUGGUCAUUUUUCCAAGGAUGUCACACAUGGUGCACUUUGGGAAGAGCACUGUAAGCCCUGCAGAGACGAGUCUAAGAAUACAGACCACAGAGGACAACAUGAAGAGCAAGAGCAGGUUAACAAGACUGUACUGUGUAAAAGCUCCCCCCUCAGGCUCUCUGUCGCUACUGCACGACAACCCAAUUUUAUCUCAUCUGCCUCUGUUUGUGGAUAUUCACAGCAAAAAAGAUGACAAGAAGGAACCCAAAAAGGAUGAAAAGAAAGAUGACAAGAAAGAUGACAAGAAAGAUGACAAGAAAGAUGACAAAAAGGAUGACAAGAAAGAUGAAAAAAAGGAUGCUCCAAAGGAAGAACCAAAGGAGGUGUGGAUCAUGGACCCUGCGACAGAUAUGUACUACUAUUGGCUGUGUACAAUAUCCAUCCCUGUGUUCUACAAUCUGAUGUUGCUGGUGGCCAGGGCUUGUUUUAAUGAACUGCAGUAUACAAAUUCAACAUUGUGGAUGGUUUUGGACUACACCUCAGAUGUCCUCUAUUUUGCUGACACGUUUGUGAGAUCCAGAACAGGUUUUCUGGAGCAAGGAUUGCUUGUAAGGGAUGAGAAGGUCCUGAAAGAAAAGUACAUGAAGACACGCCAGUUCAGAUUAGACAUCAUAUCAAUAAUUCCCACUGAUAUUGUGUUCUUCAAAAUUGGAAUCAAUAACCCAGAGUGGAGGUUCAACCGUCUCUUUAGGUUAACCCGACUCUUUGAGUUCUUUGACCGGACUGAAACGCGAACCAAUUUCCCCAACAUCUUCCGAAUUGCUAAUCUUGUCCUUUACAUUAUCAUCAUUAUCCACUGGAAUGCUUGCCUGUACUUUGCCAUCUCUAAAGUGCUCGGCUUUGGCUCAGACACUUGGGUAUAUCCAGCCAUGAAGAAUGCUGAGUUUGCACGCCUGGCCAGGCAGUACAUCUACUGCUUUUACUGGUCCACUCUUACCCUGACCACUAUUGGCGAGACACCACCCCCAGUCCGAGAUAUUGAAUACUUUUUUGUGGUAGCUGACUUCCUCACUGGGGUUCUGAUCUUUGCAACAAUUGUAGGCAAUGUUGGUGCCAUGAUUUCCAACAUGAAUGCUGCACGUGUAGAGUUCCAGGCUAAAAUUGACUCUAUCAAACAGUACAUGCAAUUUCGGAAGGUGAGCAAAGACCUGGAGGCAAGGGUGGUGAAGUGGUUUGACUACCUCUGGACAGAGGAAAAAACCUGUGAUGAGAAGCAGGUGCUGAAGAACCUGCCUGACAAGCUAAAGGCUGAGAUAGCUAUCAAUGUACAUUUAGAGACCCUAAGAAAAGUGCGCAUCUUUCAAGACUGUGAAGCAGGUUUGCUUGUUGAGUUGGUCCUUAAACUUCAGCCUCAAGUUUUCAGUCCUGGUGAUUACAUCUGUAAGAAGGGGGACAUUGGAAGAGAAAUGUAUAUCAUUAAAGAAGGAAAACUAGCUGUAGUAGCAGAUGAUGGAGUUACCCAGUUUGUGGUUCUCAGUGAUGGGGCAUACUUCGGAGAAAUCAGCAUCCUCGGCAUUAAGGGAAGUAAGGCAGGAAACCGAAGAACAGCCAACAUCCGAAGUGUGGGCUACUCAGAUCUGUUUGCCCUGUCCAAAGACGACCUGAUGGAGGCACUCACUGAGUAUCCUGAUGCUAAAAAUGCACUGGAGGAGAAAGGAAGGGCCAUCUUGAUGAAAGAUAAUCUCAUAGAUGAGUCACUAGUUGCUGCUACUGACGCCAAAGACUUGGAGGAAAAAGUCAAUCACAUUGAAGCAAGUUUGGAGGUCAUUGCAGCCAAAUUUCGAAAGCUGACAGACCAUUAUGAAUCCUCCCAGCGUAAAAUCAAGCAGCGACUCAGUAAUAUGUCGAAUGAGGUUCAAACCCUCAGAUUAGAUAAUGAGUAGAGCUUAGUUUAGUAUUACUACUGCCAGGGAUGUCUGUACUUCAGAACGUUUGUUCUGAGGCUUUCCUACAGUACUGUGGGGCUGUCGCUGUCUCCACUCAUUAUCCCAUAUCUGGUAAAAUCGUAACCUUGCCUUGAAAGUUGACCACAAAGAUAUGCAUGGGGCUGGACACCAGAAUGCUUGGUCAGAUUCUCGUGUUUACUUGUCCUUUAAACAGACUUUAUCUCAUUUACACCAUCACAUUGUACUUUAUUUUUGUAUCACUACUAUAGUUGUUUGUGUGAUGCAGUUGAGGUUGAGAUGAUUUGUAAUUUUGUUACAUUUAAAUAAAAAGUUUUAGAGAAAACAAUUUACUGAGUUACAAAGGGCAUCAAAAAAUGUAUAAUUUCAGUAUCAGGUCUAAAUUUGGUGUCAUAUUUGCAGCUGUGAUGAGGUAGUUUGGAUGAUGCUCAGCCCUACCUAUGCAUUUUUGGGAUCAAAAAGAAAAGCAUGCCACAUGUUCAUGUAGAGCAAUAAAAAACCACUAUGACUACAACUUUCUCUAGAUCUUGUGUCACAUGCAGAUUUCACCAUGCAAAACUAUAUAGGUGAUAAAAAAAAUGUAUUUUACUUUCAUUUCCGCUUGUGAUAAAUGC